AUGAGCGGCUCCUUGAAUGGUGGUCGGGCAACAGACUCGCCAUCAAAACAACCUGCAUCAUUUGCAUGCGUGGUCUGUCACAACCGGAAGGUCAAAUGCGAUAGACAAGAUCCCUGUACCCCCUGUUCAAAUUGCGCCAAGGCGAAUGUGGAGUGCAUCUAUCGUGCUCCACUACCUCCUCGUCGUCGCAAAAGGGAUCGAGAAACCACUGAGAGUGUAUCUCGAGAACGCGGGAAAUAUUCUAGACGCAGCACUGGAUUCGAUGGAGAUCCAUCUGCCACUCAGAAUCACAAUGCCGAGGAAGAGCAAUGGACUGAAACAAGGAAAAGUGGAUCUGGGAGGAUGAUCACGAAAGGUGGCAAUUCCAUCUAUCUCGACAACAAUCUUUGGACGACUGUCAGCAAUGAGCUUCCAAAUGCAGCAGACGUAUUGGGCGAUAGAUCGGAUAAUGAUACCGAUAACUUUGCCCAGAAUGUGAGCGACGAUUAUGCGAUACUAUCGACAUCUGCAACAAGAGAUGUUCUUACAGAGCUCCACCCGAGCCCUCUGAAUAUUUUCAAGUUGUGGCAGGCGUUUCUCGAGAAUGUGAACCCACUCACCAAAAUCAUACAUGCUCCAACUGUGCAACAACAAAUUUUGGAAGCCAUGAGUGAUCUGCCAAAAGUAAGCCGGGAGUUCGAAGCAUUGAUGUUUGCAAUAUACUGCAUAGCAUUGGUUUCCUUGCACGCAGAAGAUGCCGAAAGGUCAUUUGGAGAAAGCAAGAAAGCCCUCCUAUCAAAGUGCAGACGAGGAGCCCAACUCGCUUUCAAGAAUGCAUCGAUUCUUCGUACAUCAAGCUCCGUGGUUCUCCAGGCGUUUAUGCUAUACCUACUCUGCAUGCGUUCGUUCUCCGACCCACAUACUAUUUGGACAUUAUGUGGGAUUGCAGUUAGAAUUGCGCAACGAAUUGGGAUCCACCGUGACGGGUCUGCACAUGGACUUUCAGUAUUCGAAACUGAGAUGCGCCGUCGUAUUUGGUUCCAGCUCAUGGUCAUAGAUGGCACAUCUGCGCAAUUCUGUGGUGUGGCAUCAACGCCGCUCCCAGCCACAAUUGAUGUCCAACCACCAAUGAAUGCGAAUGAUAGUGACCUCGAUCCUCGUAUGACCGAGCCAGCCUGCGAGAAGCUAGGACCGACAGAAAUGAUGUUUGUUCUGGCUCGGAGUUCAUUUGGAAAAUGGCUCUUUCGUUUGUCAAAUCAGGCUGAAGGUUCUAAUGCUGGGCCAUGGACCUUCUUAUCAUCAUCCUCGAUGCCCUUGAAGGAUAAAGACAAGGCAAUUGAUGAACUUGAAGCACACAUGGAAGACAAAUUCCUCCGACACUGCGAUACAUCUAUCCCGCUACACAUGGCAACGACAAUGAUGGCGCGUUCAGCUAUCUACUAUACCCGGUUGAUGGCACACCAUCCUCGUCAAUACCAGGAUCCCAAUAUUCGCAUCUCGCAAGCAGAGAAAAACGUCAUCUUCGAGAAUUCCCUCAAGAUGACAGAAUAUGCUGAUUACGCCCAAAACAAUCUAGUUGUACGGAAAUUCAUGUGGCACAUGGUGAAUCAUAUGCCGUGGGACGCUAUAAUUUUCAUGCUCUCGGGGAUGCGGCACCGGACUGACUCCGAAGAGAAGAGCAAGGUCUGGCAAUUGAUUGCAAAUGUGUACUCUGGGCAUAUCAAGGCGAUGAGCAAGAAUGACCGAACGCCUCUUCACAUGGCCAUUCAAAAUUUAAUUGUCAAGGCCUGGCGGGCGUACAUUGAAGAGUGUAACAUCAACCGUCGCACACCAACGCCAUGUCCAACCAUCGUUGCAUCCUUGCUAGCUAAUGAAACAGGGGUUUCUAGCCCACAACAGGAAGAUGAGAACUCCACAGUUGCCGAGCGUGAUGCUAGUCCACAAUAUCAGCCCAGGCAAGACCGUUAUAGUUCACACUUUGGACUAGAGGCUGAAAACUUUGGUUUGAUGCUGGGUGAUAGCCCGAAGGAUUGGAAUCAAUGGGACAAUCUUCUCAAUAACUUUCAAGGAUCUUUUACAGAUGAUGCAACAUAUCUGUCGUGA